CGUGUUUGCGGCGGAAAGGGGCGUGGCCAUGCUGCGGUGCGGACGCGUGUUGGGGCAAAGGGCGGCGGGGGGGGUGAGACCCCCAUGGGGGGGACACGGGGGGACCCCCCGACAGGAGGGGGGUCCGAGCAGAGCCCUCCGCACUGCGGCACCGCGCGGCGCCGACUUCUUCCGCGAGCUGGGGCAGACCCUGGAGCGCAUGGGGCAGACCCUGAGGGAUCAGGUGCCGGCGGCAGGGAGCGCCUGGGGGGGCUGGCUGCCCCCGGGCAUCCACCCCGACCCCCGGCCCCCCGACGAGGCCGAUGUGGUGGUGGUGGGGGGCGGCGUGGUGGGCUGGUCCGUGGCCUACUGGCUGAAGGUGCUGGAGGGCCGGUUCCGGCGGCACGGGAUGAAGGUGCUGGUGGUGGAGCGGGACCCCACGUAUUCCAGAGCCUCCACGGUGCUGUCGGUGGGGGGGAUCCGGCAGCAGUUUUCCCUCCCAGAGAACAUCCAGAUGUCCCGGUUCUCCGCCAGCUUCCUGCGUGACAUCAAUGAGCACCUCGGGGUUCCCAACGAGCCCCCCAUCGACAUCCAGUUCCAGCCCUCAGGAUACCUGUUCCUGGCCUCCCCAGAGGAUGCUGCCAAGCUGGAGGCCACUGUCCAGCUCCAGAGGGAUGAAGGGGCACAGGUAGCCCUGCUGUCCCCCACCCAGCUGAAGGAGAAAUUCCCCUGGAUAAACACAGAAGACGUGGCCGUGGCAUCCUAUGGCCUGGAGGAUGAAGGCUGGUUCGACCCCUGGACCCUCCUCAACGCUUUCCGGCGCAAAGCCACGUCCCUGGGGGUCCACAGCUGCCGCGGGGAGGUGCGAGCUUUUGUCACCACAGCCAAUGACCCAACAUCGUCAGCAGCAGAGUCCACGCGCAUUAAAUACGUGCACAUCUACAUGCCAGACAGCCUGGAGUACCAGCCUGUCGCCUGCUCCAUCGUGGUCAACGCCGCAGGCGCCUGGGCCGGGAAGCUGCUGGAGGCUGACGGGCUCCCCAGGAGGCUGUGCCAGCCCCCCCUGCCCAUCCAGCCCAGGAAGAGGUACGUGUUCUGCUGGCACUGCCCAGACGGCCCUGGGCUCUCCUGCCCCUUCCUCGUGGACACCUCGGGCGCUUAUUUCCGUCGGGAAGGGAUCGCUGGGAACUACCUGGGCGGGAUGAGCCCCCCCGAGGAGGAAGAGCCGGAUCCCAGCGACCUCUCGGUGGACCACGACUACUUCCAGGAGCAGCUGUGGCCCCGGCUGGCCCGGAGGGUGCCGUCCUUCGAGUCCCUGCGGGUGCAGGGGUCCUGGGCCGGCUACUACGACUACAACACCUUCGACCAUAACGGGGUGCUGGGCCCGCACCCCCGGCUGGAGAACAUGUUCCUGGCCGCGGGCUUCAGCGGGCACGGCCUCCAGCACUCGCCCGCCGCCGGCAGGGCCGUGGCCGAGCUGGUGAUCCGGGGCCGCUUCGAGAGCCUGGACCUGCGGCGCCUGGGCUGGGCCCGGCUGGAGGACGGGGAGCCCCUGCGGGAGGCCGGCGUGGUCUGAUGGGGGCGGGGAGGGGGGACACCGAGGGGCGGCCCUGGCACCCCCUCCCCCGGCUGGAUGAGUGUCCUGUAGGAAUAAAAGGGGCAGGUGAGCAGUUAA